UCUACUCGUAACCGUAUUUGCGGAAUUGUAAAUAUAAACAAUUUUGAUUUCGUACUGUCUGACAGUAUUUAACAAUCCAAUUUAAUUUGAAUAAAAAUAUAUAUAAAAUAAAUAAAACUAGGGAAAUUUUCAUACACUGUCCGCUUUUAACAUCUCUCGCUUUAAGAAAAUAGAUUAAAGUUACAUUAAUGAUAUUGAAAUAAGGAAAAAAUAUUACCCAUUAGGAUUUAUAAUUGAUUCGAAUUUAUUACAAAAAGGUUUUUAAUUUCUUAUAAUAAUAAAUGUGUUCUUGUUGAUAAGUGUAGAAUUUUAUUAGUUAAUCAUGACAAAAGCUGAAGGAUCAAAUAGACCUUUAAAAGAGAAAAUUGUUCAGAUCUAUGAAGCUUUCUUUCAAGGUGAAGAUCCUUCACAUUCAAAUCAGAAUUUCUGGGAUGAAUUUUUUCUGUUAAGGCCUAACCUUUCCUUUCUGGAGAGCAAGUUCAAUAGCAUGACCUUUGAAGAUGUGUGUUCAUUAAAGGACACCAUUAACAACUUGUUUCAUCACUGUGUUCGAAUACUAAUGGAUGGAAAUCAAAUUCGUUGCAUGAAUGCUUUACAGACCAUGUGUGCCCUUGUUCAUGGUGUCUAUAGGAAAACUCCUAGUGAAUUUGGUUUUGACAUCAUAGACAUUCUUUUAGGUUUCAGUUCUGCAGAGGGGCAAAUGCAAAUACUAAUUCAACAGCUGUCUCAAUAUCUAAUUAAUGAUUACCCACCCAGUUUAAAAAGUUUAGUUCUGAAGUUUCUCUUAGUCCUAGUCACCGCAGUUGAAAAUGUUAGCCAAAAUACUCUUUUGGAAUAUUUAAUGAUGAACAGUUUAUUUGAAGCAAUAAUACAAUUGUUAAAUGAUACUUCCUCUAGGCAAAAUCAUGGUUACGAUGCUGUGCUUUUACUAACUAUUCUUGUAAAUUAUAGGAAACAUGAGGCUGCUAAUCCAUACAUUGUGAAACUUUCAAUAAUAGAUAAUGAAAUGUCUCUAAAUGGAUUCGGGCAUGUUGUUUCUCAAGCACUGUCAGAUUUUAAUAGAAAAUUCUGUGAAGGUGAACUCGAACCUCAUAAUAGCAUUUUUUCAACAAUUACCUCCUUUGUUGGCAGCAUGUUUAUUGCUGAAGAACCAGAAAUAGAAAAGCAUAACAUAAAAGCAAACAAUGCUGUCUUAUUAGCUUUGUAUGAAGUGGUUCACUUGAAUAGGAAUUUUCUUAUUACUUUAACACACUGUCAAGUCGAUGCGUCUGGUACUUCUGUAUCCCCGUCACUUUCCGAGCCAUUGGAUAUAAAGAGUUCUUCUCCUCCAAAAGCAGAAAAUGAGCUUCCUCCAUCAAAUUUGCUAGUCACAUUUUUAGAAUUUUCCUCCAUUGUCAUGUUAAAUACAAAAGAUGAAUCCAAUCUGAAUACUUGCAAACUUUGCUUUAUUAUACUUACUUGUAUAACUGAGGACCAAUAUGCAAAUUCUAUUAUCCAUGAUGUCAAUUUAGUUUAUAAAGUACAGCUCCACAGAAUGCCAAUGAGGCACAGGAAAGUGCCUUAUGACAAAAAUGGUCCUUAUAGACCUCUAGCUUGUCCAAUGUUAGAUCUGAUGGUUGAGUUCAUCCUAAGUCACAUGACAAAAUCUUUACCUUUUGAACUUUACUAUCUUUGUUUAGGUGUCAUCCAUAGAAUUUUAUGUUAUCAGAAACGUGGCAGAGUAAGACUGCAAUAUCACUGGAAAGAAUUAUGGACUGCUCUUAUUAGUUUAAUUAAGUUCCUUGUCACUCAAGAAGGGUUGCUUACAAAGAAUUGCAACAUUUUUCAUUUAUGUAUUCAGGUCAUGAAUACUCUAAAUCUUUUUAUCACAUUUGGAGAUACGUUCUUGCCUGCACCUUCUUGUUAUGAUGAAUUAUAUUAUGAAAUAGUUAGAAUGAAUAUUGUUUUUGAUAACUUAUACUCACUUACUUUGCGAUAUACAACUUGUGAUGGUGAAUGGAAAGAGUAUGCUGCUAAGUUAAUGAAUAGUCUUGUUAAUAUUAGGGCAAUUAUAAAUCAUUUCUCUCCAAAAAUUGAAUCCACUUUGGCAGAUAAUGGUUUAUCUGCUUUGACUGAAGACCAAGUUUUAGACGUUGUAAGGAGUAACUAUGACACUUUAACCUUAAAACUCUAUGAUAACCUUGAUCAAUAUGAAAGAUAUACUGAGAAACCUAUUGAAACUGCAUUUUUUACUCCUUUGGUGCGGAGCAUUGUUGCUGAAUAUCGCAAUACUUCUAGUUUCAAGUCCUUAGAUAUGCAUAAAUUACUCAGAGAAUCUUCAUCAAUUAGUUGAAGGCCUAUUUGAAUCAUUUUUUUUAUCUGUUCCCUUAGAUGUGUUUAUUUUAGCAUUUUUAUCUAAAAUAUGAAUCAAAUUAUAUUAAUAAAAAUCCAAUGUUUUCGAUUUUAUUGACCAUGUUACUGUUUCAAUUAUAUUAUCUAAUCUACUGAAUUUUUCACACAACGUAUAUUUUAUGAAUUCUGAUAAACAAAUUUUGUUUUUCUAUUUGACUUUUUAGUAUUUGUUUAGUGAAACCUUUAUCAGCUUUCUAGGAUGACAUUAACCCUUGCAGAACUGAAAAUGUCAAUUUUUGAAUUCUGCAAAUUCCUAAAACUGAUCAGAAAUGAAUAUAUUUAAGUAAUAAUAUGUGAUCUAUAUGUGUAAUUAUAUGUGACCUAUGCUGCCUAAUGUAGAACAGGUGGGUUGGUUAAUCUGUCAACAUUUGUCAUUGAACUGAGUAAUUUCAUGGAAUAUUUUUGUCACAAGAUAUUUUUUUUUUUUUACAAUCAUGGGUAACAUUCUUCCAGUUUUUGAAGGUAGGGGAAUAAAUAUUGUCUUCUCUC